AUGACUUAUGACAGAGAGAAAAGAUCAUUGUUUGUGAGCAUCAGUGCGCUAACUGAGGAGGACGCAGUUGUGUACUGGUGUGGAGUCUACUCUCCAAUGAAUCAGUUCACUGGAGUGAAAUCCUUCGUGCUGCAUGUGACUCCUCUGAUUGGAUAUGAAGGAGGAGAACUGAGGGUCCGAUGCCCUUAUGAGAGAAUAUAUGAGGAGAAUGAAAAGUAUUUGAAUAGAGUGGGAUCCCCUCACCAUAGUGAAUCAAAGACUCUCAUUCAGACCAACCGGUCCCAGACACAAGCUACAGAAGGGAGAUUCUCUCUGUAUCAUGACACCACUGCAAGAGUCUUCACUGUGACCAUCACUGGACUCAACGCUGAGGAUUCUGGGAAGUAUGAGUGUGGAGUUAAGAGAAACAUUUCUGAUAUCCGUAAUGAGCUUCAGGUGUUGGUUAAACAAUUGGAGAAUAUCAUUGGAUAUAAGGGCAAAUCUGUCUCCAUCACCUGCAAGUAUCACAGGAAGGAGACUGGAAGAGAUGAGAACAGGAAAUAUUUCUGCAAAGGACCAUCACCGUCAGAAUGUUUAAAUACUGGGGUCAAAGUUCAAACAGACAUGACAGUAGAAGACAGAUUCUCUCUGAGAGACGAGCCAACAUCUGGAGUCUUCACUGUGACCAUCACUGAUCUGAGAGCAGAGGAUGCUGGGAUAUACUGGUGUGUGGAAUGGAGUGAUAAUGUAGGAUACAACACCACUGCAGUGAAGGUGGAGGUAGAGACAGAUGUUCAUCAAGCAACAACAAUGCUGCCAUUAGCAUCGACAACUUCCACUGAUAAGAAAUCUGACUAUGCUGGUCCUCCUGUCAUGUUGACCGUGUGUCUGGCCAUAGCAGUGCUGGUGCUUGGGAUUGCUGUCCUCAUAUGCAUCAAACACAGGAGAACGAGGACACAAGGUUUGGCCUCCACAUCAGUCAACAGCAGUGCCAGACAGGAUCGCCCAGUGGAUUGUGUUUAUGAAGAAGUGAAGCAUAUUAGCCAUCCCAUGAACCCAGAGGCUAUUGUGUUUGCAAAUGCUCAAUUACCCGCAAAGCCCUCUGAUGGGCCCACUUACUCCACUGUCCAAUUACCCACAAACCCCUCUGAUGAGCCCACCUACUCCACUGUCCAAUUACCCACAAACCCCUCUGAUGGGCCCACCUACUCCACUGUCCAAUUACCCACAAACCCCUCUGAUGGGCCCAUCUACUCCACUGUGAACUUCCACAAGAACCAGGAGGCAGCAGCAGAGGCUGACGUCACCUUCAGUAUAUAG